AUGGCAGAACAAAUUCGAGUUGUUACUCUCAACUGCUGGGGCUUGAAAUAUGUCUCUAAAGACCGGCAUGAACGAGUUACUGCAAUAGCUCAUGCGCUCGCCCGCUCGGACUACGACAUUAUUGCACUCCAAGAAAUCUGGGUCGAGGCAGAUUACAAUGAAAUUCGGCAAAGUGUCGUUCCUCGCUUGCCGUACACAAAGCUUUUUCACAGCGGUGCUCUUGGUGCCGGACUUGGUAUCCUCACAAGAUGGCCCAUCAUUGCUACCAGCAUGACUCCAUACUCUCUUGUUGGUGAACCCACAGACGUCUUCGGAGGAGACUGGUUUGUGGGAAAGGGUGUUGGGAGCGUAACGAUCAUGCAUCCUGUUCUUGGACCGGUCCAGCUUUUUGUCACGCAUUUCUGUGCCAAGGGCGGAGAAUCAGGUCCUGAGUACAACAGAACAUAUCGCCUAGUGAAUGCUUGGGAGUUUGCGAAAGUCGCACGGCAAGCCGCUGAACUGGGGCGGUAUGUGAUCGCCAUGGGUGAUUUUAAUAGCAUUCCAACAAGUCUCCCGAUGAACGUUGUCCUAAACCAUGCCGGACUAGUUGACUCGUGGGCAACUUCACAUGCACAUAUACCCCCGCCCUCUGGAAUGUUAUCUCCUAUAGAGGGUGUCAUCAAUUAUGGUGUCACUGCUGACUCACCUCUUAAUUCUUAUCGUGACUCAAAACCCUCUGGUGACCCAAUUGUUCGCAAAUAUCAAGGGAAACGCCUUGAUUAUAUCUUAUUCCGGCAUCCAGUCCCAACGGGUCCAACGAUCACCCAGGUUGUCUUCAGUGAUUCCAUUCCUGGCAACUCAUGCUCCUAUUCUGAUCACUUUGGUGUCGAGGCGACGCUAGUCAUUGACACGCAGGCGGAGGGCAAACAAGAUGAUAUGGCGUCAUUGAAGGAUACUUCAGCAAUGUGGUUCAACUCCCCCUCUGAACUUUCCCCGAAUGCGAUAACCGAGAUGAUGAACGCCUUCAACACGUCCUACAGGAUGUCGCAAGAUCGUUCUCGCAAGGAACUGAUUAUCUUUGGAACGAGCAUCUUGGUGCUGAUUGGUCUUAUCAUUGGAUCCGCAUGGGUUGCUGUUCCCUGGCUGAACCCAGUUUUUGUGCUUCUUGUCAUUUUCCUAUCGUGGCAGGCUACGACUAAGCUUUACGAAGGCUUCAUCUUCGGGAACUGGGAGCGGAAGGCUUUACAGAAUGUCAUAGAAGAGCUUGAGCUCUACAAGCAGAUCUUGGCAUCACAAGCACCCUACGACCGGUAG